UGCUAUGAAGAGGCUGUAAAGCACCUCUAAUAAUGGCCUCUCACAAAGAUUUGAUGCAGAUGGUGCGAGACGGAUUGGGCACUUUAGUUUUUGCUUUUGGUCACAAAGUUGGAAUAAUUGACGCCUUCAUUGAAUUAAAAGAUCCGUGUACAGUCGAGGAACUGAGUCAAAAAUCUGGCCUUAACUCAAGAUACAUACAAGAAUGGCUAGGAUGCAUGCUCGCGGCAGGAGUUGUGCGAAUUAACAAAGAAAAGAAAUACUCACUUCCGUACAGCAAGGAUUUGUUGAAAAGAUGGGGUCAUAUUGCCAGUGUCAUCCCAAUAUUUAGUGAGCUGUUUGGAAAACUAGCUGAAGACAUGUCAAAAGAAAAGCCAGAAGGUUACACGUACUAUCAACCUUUUCUGAAGUGGUUAGACAUUUUCCAAACACCGGAGGCUGUACACAGCUGGAACAACAAUCUCGUGAUUCCUGUACUCAAUCUUAAAUCAGGUAAAGAUUUCACGCUGUUAGACCUAGGAUGUGGUUAUGGUAGACAUGUAAGAGAUAUUGCUGAGCAGUAUCCCGACUGCCACAUUUUCGGUAUAGACUCUGAUGAAGAAUCCAUAAAACAGGCCAACAUAGAACUUGCUAAAACAACCCUACAGAACGUCAAAUAUGAAAUAAUGGACGGUGGAAAACUCCCCGAUGACUGGGUAGGCAAAUUUGAUUUCGUCAUAAUGAACGACGUUCUCCAUGAUGCUUACGAAGUAGACAGUAUUCUGAAAGAGACAAAAAAAGUUCUGAAAGAUGACGGUUACGGAGCAGCAUUUGAUCCCCCUGUAUCCUCUUACCCUGAAAACCUAGUAAACGACAAAACGGCACAAUUCUACAUGCCCUUUAGUCUUUUUUCAUGCCUUCCCGAGAGUUUAUCGGGUCCUCCAGGCGGUGAGGGCCUUGGUGCUGGUUGGGGAUAUGAGCGUAGGAAAGAGAAGAUAGAGAAGCAUGGAUUCCAAGUGAUUAAGGUUCAUAAAGAUGUUGACAAGGUACAAGAUGGUAUCGUCUUCAAAAAGUAAAGAAUUAUACAAUAUUGUGGACUUAAUUAAUUUAUUCGGAGCAAUUUGAUAGAUAUUAAAAUAAAUAAAAUAAUUUGCACGAAAACACAGUGCUUUAAUAUAAUUAACUGCUUACGAAUAAUGCUAAUAAACUCGGUAUUUGGCUACAUGUAAGACCAAAAGCACUCUAGUGUAACAGAUUAUGGUCAUUGGGACUUCGUUAGUGUUUUAUGUUAAUCGUAUUUAACACAGAUAUUUAUUAUGUCUGUUUUAUAUAAUAACAUGUAUAAAUAUCAUUUAGCAAAAUUUUUAUGUUUAUUUGCUUCUUUUUCUUAUGUCUUUUGACAAUGUCUAUUCAUUUGUAUACCAAAAUAACCCAAGAAAAAUAAA